AUGAAGCUCUAUUUUCUGUUCGUGCUAGAACGAGAUCUCAAAUACACAGACUUAAACGCCUCGAGGUUCACAGGCACCCUCAGGACUCGGUCACGCAGCCCUGCCAGCUCCUUGAGGAGCGAAUGUUACCCUUUGAUAAACCCCUUCUGGCAUGAGAAUGCAAACAUCACUGAUACACACAGACGGCUUUUGUAUAUGCAUGGAACAUUUGUCAUCCUGAUGCCCCUCAGCCUGAUAUUGAUGAUUGUUGGAGGAAUGACCGGAUUCAUCGGUAUUCUUGCCAGGGCCUACCUACUGCUCCUGAUGACAGGACUGCUUUUUCUUUUUGGAGCUCUUGUUACACUUACUGGAAUCAGUGUCUAUAUCGCAUAUUCAGCUGCUGCCUUCGAAGAAGCUGUCUGCCUCCUGAGGAGUAAGGAUGUCUUGGUAGAAAUUGACAUCAGGUUUGGCUGGUCGCUAGCACUAGUCUGGAUCUCCUUUGUCUCAGAAGUGCUCACUGGGGCUUUGUUUCUCCUGGCAGCCAGAGUUGUUGGUCUGGGAUGGCGUUGUGAACAGGCGUUAUGA